CAAGAAUGUCGAAUUUGAAAAUCGCUCAACGGCGAAUUAUCAUAAAUUCAUCGUUAAAGUCUCGUAUUCCUCGACCUUCCACAAUCCACCUCCUUCGAUCAAAUGAUGGAACAUAUUCCCAAACGAAUUUGCAUCGAUAUUCGACUUAAUUAACAAUUGUUUUUCGUGCGAGUCGGCAAGUAGGAAGUCCUACUGGCUGACACAAAAAUUCGAAUGUCGAGGUAGUUAAAAAUCAAUCUUGCCGAAAAAAAAAACAAUUAACAAGUUCGGUAAGACGGGGGAAUAAUUGGGAUUCGCCACUGUCUGGCUGUCUACGAUAACAAUUUUAUCAGUGCGGAAUUCAAAAUAGCUAGUUUAUUCUUGUGUCACAAGCCGAGAGUGAUGUUGGUGUUCAAGUUUUUGGUUUUUGUAGGGUUGGUUGUUGUGGGAGGUAGAGGGAACAAGGAGAAUAAUGUGUGUCCCACCCUUAAGGACUAUGCCACUAUCAGAACUAACGAAAGAUGCUGGUACAACCCGGACGUCAACUCUAAGCCGGAAUCGAUAGCUAGAAGAUAUGGAUUCAAGCUAGAAGUCCACGAAGUGACCACCUCAGAUGGUUACAUUUUGAGCUUGUACAGGGUGGUACCUUGCAAUGGAACAAUAGGAGACACACCUGUCUUGUUACAGCACGGUAUAUGCAACAAUGGCGCAUUCUGGAUGUUAGAUGGAAAAAAAUCCAUACCAUUCUACCUAGUCAGUGUUGGAUUUGACGUCUGGUUGUCCAAUGCAAGAGGUACCGAGGUCUCUAUGAGGCACGUUAAUAUGACAGCUGCUGAUCCUAAAUUUUGGGACUUUAGUUUCCACGAGAUAGCCGUAUUCGACAUACCAGCGCUGUUGGAUUACAUAAGGAAGAAAACUGGCGGAAAGAGAAAAGUGAAUUUUAUGGGUCAUUCCAUGGGAGGCACCAUCCAAUUCGUGUAUUCUUCCAUGCUCCCGGACCACGCCAAGGAGAAUGUUGAAGCCAUUGUCUCUUUGGCUCCUGUCGUGUAUACAAAGUAUUUAAAGAGCGAGGUGCCUAGGAUUUUGUCUGAUUAUACUGGAUUUAUCUUGGAUGAACUACAUAUGAUUGAUUUUUAUGGAAGUGGCAUGUACCCUCAUUUGAAGAAGCUUGUCGAAAAUACCUGUAAAACAUAUCCCACAAUUUCUACAUGUCAAGUUAUUCUGGAAAGUCUCGUUGGAAGUAACCGGAAUACUUUAGAAGCUGAAACGUUGCCAUUGUUCUUCAGAAGGUAUCCAGCUAGUUUCUCCAUAAAGACUCUUGCCCAUUAUGGUCAAGAACGUUCCUCCGGUGGUCGAUUCCAGAUGUUUGACUACGGAACCCGUGAGAAUCUAUUGCGUUACAACUCAGUUAUACCACCAGCUUACGACCUUCAGAAGAUAAAAGUUCCUGUAUAUAUUCUUUUUGGCGAAGCUGAUUUACUUUCAGUUGAAGAGGAUCUCGACAUCCUUUUCGCGGAUUUGAAGACGGAAAAAUAUAUGAUACACUUCAGAGGAGAAAACAAUGCUGAACUGUUCACCCAUAAUGAUUUCUUAUUCUCCAAAGAGUUGAUAAAGUUGGAUCAAUACCUAGCUGAGCUUCUAGGAAAUGUUUCUACAAGUGCAAAUAAAAAAAGAUGAAGUUU